CCCUCUCCACGAAACCCGAGCAGGCGUGGUAGCCGGCCGUCACCUGAGCCGCUCUGAAUGUUUGAUGCGUUCUGUCAGAGAUCCUGGAACACUUGAGCAGAACGCCGCCGCCGCCAGAGGAGGAACACCGCGACGCCACAGGUGAUGAACCAGGAUGUCAGACGGGAAGCAGCGCAGUCUGUCCACUUCUGGAGAAUCUCUCUACCAGAUCCUCGGCCUGCAGAAAGGCUGCAGCCAUGACGACAUCAAGAAGUCCUACAGGAAGCUGGCGCUGCGGUUCCACCCGGAUAAGAACCCGGACAAUCCGGAGGCGGCGGAGAAGUUCAAGGAGCUGAACAACGCUCACUCGGUGCUGGCCGACCUCAGCAAGAGGAACAUCUACGACUCGUACGGCUCCCUGGGGCUCUACGUGGCGCAGCAGUUUGGAGAGGACAACGUCAACACCUACUUCAUGCUGUCCACCUGGUGGGCCAAGGCUCUGUUCCUGCUCUGCGGCGUUCUGACCGGAUGUUACUGCGGCUGCUGCCUCUGCUGCUGCUGCAACUGCUGCUGUGGGAAACUCAAACCCACUGCUGCGGGCGAGGGGGCGGAGCCAGAGUACGUCUCCCCUGACGACCUGGAGGAGGAGAUUCGUAACAAUCCUGACAACGAUGUAGAGACGCCGACCGUCCAGCAGCCCAGCAGCGCCAGCGAGAAGACGCAGCUGAUCGGUGACAGCCACCGCAGAUACGGAGACACCUACACCUGAGAGGGCAAACAGACCCCAAGCCCCGCUGACCCCGCUGACCCCGCUGACCCCAAGCCCCGCUGACUGGAACACCCAAAUGUUCUUCACCAAAGACACCAAAAUGUCUCUGACAUUCCAAACAUAAAACCUGAUGAACAUUAAAACAUUUGAGACAAUUUAAA